CUGCCUGGCAGAGUUCGCUUCUGCCGUGCCGUUUACAAGCAGCUGCCGCCGGGGCUCCUCUCAUCAAGCUCCUUCCUUCUCUCCACUGAUGGAUCCCAAGGGGCUUCUCUCCUUGAACGUCCUGCUGUUUCUCUCCCUGGCUGUUGAACGGAGCUGUGGAACAGGUGAAGGUCUGAGUGUGAGUUGCCCCACAAUCUUUGGGCGGUUGGGAAGCAGCGUGCUGCUGCCCCUGAUAUCGGAAGAAAUAAGUAAGAGCAUGAACAAGAGCAUCCACAUGUUCAUCACAAAGGCAAAAUCACCAGGAAACAGGUCCAAUAAGAAAGUUGUGUCUCUUGAUCUGACAAAAGGAGGCUCUUCACCCUACCUGGAAGACGGCUAUGCAUUUUACCGGGAAAACUUGAACCUGGAGAUCCUGGAAAGCAAAAAGGAGCAUGAGGGCUGGUACACUAUGACCCUGGAGGAAAAAGAUUCAGUCCAGCACGUUUGCCUGCAUCUGAAGCUCUAUGAGCAGGUCUCCACUCCGGAAAUUACAGUGCUGAACUGGACCCUGGAGAAUGGAAACUGCAGCUUGAUGCUGGCGUGCACGGUGGAAAAGGGGGACCACGUGGUUUACAGCUGGAGCACGGAGGCAGGCACCCACCCGCUGAGUGUAGCAAAUGGCUCCCACCCUCUGUACCUCACCCUCGGCCCUCAGCAUGCUGAUGAUAACUACACCUGCACCGCGAGCAACCCCAUCAGCAACCGUUCCCAGACCUUCAUCCCGUGGUCCAGCUGCAGCUCCUAUUCCCCAGUACCAAGACAAUGGGGACUGUAUGCUGGGCUGCUCUUAGGAGGCAUCAUUGGUGUUACAAUGAUUGGCCAAGUGGCAAUACUUCUGUUCAGGAGAAGAGGUCACACAGACCAUUACGAGCCAACAGUGGAAGCAAAAAACCUUACUAUCUAUUCCCAAGUCCAGAAAUCAGGUUCUGUUCAGAAGAAACCUGAUCCCCUGUCCGCUCAGGACCCCUGCACCACCAUUUACGUGGCUGCCACAGAGCCUGCCCCAGAGCCUGUUCAGGAACCAAGCUCCAUCACUGUCUAUGCCAGUGUCACACUUCCAGAGAGCUGACACCACAGACCCCGGGUAGGGACUGGCGGAAGGAGCAUGGAGGAGCCAAAAGAAA